UUUAAUAAUAUAGGAACGGCGGCAGUGCCCCGCAAGUCGAGCAAAAAAAAGCGGCACGAGGCCGUACUAUCCUUUACUCGAUAAGAUUUACUCGAGCGAUGUCGGGGCACUAGUUGAUGAUAAACUAAGUUUACAUUGCUACAUCACUAGCUAAGCUAAGACACCUCAAACAAAAGGCACUACGGGUACCACUUAUUGUCAUAAUUUCUUCAUUCUCAAAAUGAUAAAUUAAAUUUAUCUACCUAAUACAGGUUUAGCCAAACAAACUAGGUGUACCUACCUAACGUUUGUAAUUGAAUGUGAUGUGUACUGCUGGUACUAAUUUUUUUUUUAAGUUUUAGCCUAAAAUUUAUCAAUAAUUUCAAUAACAUCAUGGAGCAGGGAAAAAAUUCGUCUCAUAGGCACUGUAUUGUACCCACUUGUGAAAAUACGAUAAAGAAUUCACCUAAUAAAGUGUUCUUUCCUGUUCCGAGAGACGUCGACAUGAAAAAAAAGUGGUGUGAAGCCGUGCACAAGGACAUGGCUUCGUUCACUCGUUUAUAUUGUUGCGAAGAUCAUUUUGAUCUAGAACAAGAUACAUCCAACUAUAUGGCUUACAAAAUCAUGAAUUUGCAAGAGAAUAAAAAAACUUUAUUGCGAUUGAGGAAAGGUGUUGUUCCACACAUAUUUGCAUGUCAAGAAGACACUCACUGUCCAUCUGACAAAUGUUUUACAAAAUCUGAAUCGUCGCAAAUGGAUUUAGAAGGAAGUCGGAGUUCAUCGCCCUCUCAGGAAAUGUCUCCUAAUUUGGUGUGCCGCCUGUGUCUGGCGGUGGAGGUGCGGUUGUUUACCAUCACUGGCUCGCUGCAGGAUGUCUAUGAGAAGCUCACGGAUACUGCGCUGCACUCGCUGGACGCGCGGCCGCUGGCGGCGUGCUACCUCUGCCACGCUCAGCUCCGCAAGUGUCGCCGGCUGAUGCUGGGCUCGGCCAGGGCGGAGGCUCUGCUCACCGACAUGUUGCGGACCAGUUCCAAGAUAUCUCUGAAGGCAGUGUCAUCGAUAGACCGUUUUGCCAACGGACUGUGCUCGCUCAAUUUCUCCAAAGCCGAGUGUUUGGAAUCCGUCUCUCCGCAGUUUGUGACUCCGGAGAUCAAGUCUGAGACCGAGUCAGACAGCGAGGAUCGUGGGGCAGACGGUCCUGCCUCCGACGGCCGCGACCCGGGCCCCGACGGCGGCGAGGCUCUGUCCGCGCCGCACCAGGAGGAGGACAUCAAACAGGAGCCGCAGCUUGAGGAAGGUCCUUCGCAGUCGGCAGCCGCGGCCGGCGCUCGAGACACGGAUGUCUAUCAAGAGAUCCCCGUCAGUGUGUCGCACCUGUGUGACGCAGUGAUGGACACAACGCAGCAGCGACGGCGAUGGGACGAUGUUGUCCCAGCCCACACGUCGGGAGCUGACAAAACAAAACAGGCUGAAGGCAGAACAACUGACAGGACACAGCGCGAGUCUCAAGAGUCAGACAUCCGGACUAUUCGGACACUCCACCAUUGUGACGUUUGUCAGCGACAGUUUAACCAGUCUUGGGACUUGAAAGUUCAUUAUAGAACUCACACUGGCGAGAAACCUUUUCUGUGUAUUGUGUGUCAAAGAGCUUUUAAAGUAAGAUGCCAUUUAUCAGAUCACAUGAGAACACACACUGGUGAGAAACCCUUUCAGUGUGAGGUGUGUGAAUACCGGUGUAAUCAGAAAUCUGUUUUAAUACGACACAUGAGAACUCACACUGGCGAGAAGUCUUAUCAAUGUGAAGUGUGUCAAAAGGCCUUUAGACUAAAGGGCCAUUUAUCAGAACACAAAAGAAUUCACACCGGUGAGAAACCCUUUCAGUGUGAAGUGUGCCAAAAGGCCUUUUGUCGUAAAGAAAUGUUAUCUAUUCACUUGAGAUCUCACACUAACGAAAGGCCUUUUCAGUGUGAAGUGUGCGAAAAGGCGUUUAGACUAAGAAGCCAUUUAAUAGAUCACACGAGAAUUCACACCGGUGAGAAACCUUUUCAGUGUGAGGUGUGUCAAUACAGGUGCAGUCAGAAAUCUGUUUUAAUGCGUCAUAUGAGAACUCACACUGGUGAGAAAUCUUUUCAAUGCGAAGUCUGCCAAAGAGCUUUUAGAUUAAGAAGUCAUUUAUCAGACCACGUGAGAAUUCACACCGGUGAGAAACCCUUUCAGUGUGAGGUUUGCCAAAAAGCGUUUAAUCGAAAAGAAAUGUUAUCUAUUCACUUGAGAUCUCACACUGAUGAGAGACCUUUUCAGUGUGCAGUUUGUCAGAAGGCGUUCAGAGUAAGAAGCCACUUAUCAGAUCACAUGAAAAUUCACACCGGUGAGAAACCUUUUCAUUGCGAAGUAUGUCAAAAGGCGUUUAGUCGAAAAGUGUCAUUGUGCAAUCACUUCAGAACUCACACUGGUGAGAAACCAUUUCAGUGUGUAGAAUGCCGAUACAGGUGUAAUCGAAAAUCAGCUUUAUUAAGACACAUGAGAACUCACGAGAAACCUGUGUGAAGUGUGGCAAAAGGCAUUUAGAAUGAGAGCAAGUGGUCGUCUGUGAAAACAAAAACUCAAAAGUUAAUUGAGAUAACUACAAUACGGUUUAGGGUAUGAAAUUUAAUGUCAGCUUCAAUAUGAUAUUAAUUACUAGGAUUUAAAAUGAAGUAAAUAAUAAUCAUGUUUUAUGGCCUAGAGCCAUUUACACAAAAACGGGUUUCAUUACAAUUUUAAUUCUGAACCUCUUUUUAGCCUGGGAUUGUAUGUUAAAGAUCCGGCUCGAAGGACCAAACUGUAGGAUCUUAUCUGAGUAUAUAUUAUAAAUAAUUAUACUCGGUAUUCGACAAAGAUUGUUUAUUUAGGGCUGGUAAAUCACGAGCAAUACAUUUAAAAGUAACAACAGCUAUAAAUGAUGGAUGACAGAAUUGUUUUGAAGAAAAGAAACAUCGCGCAUGCGCGAGCUCGUCGUCACAGCGCAUGCGCGUAAACAACUUAAAUAGUUUAUUUGUGACGUAAAAAUAAAAGUAUAUAAUAAGUAAAUUACUCUAAAUUAUGAUUGAAAAAAAUACUCCGAUGAUAUGACUAUGUGCAGAAAUGUAUGUGCGUGUACAAUACGUAUGUAUGUACCAGCGAGUUUUUUCUAAAAAUUUAGUCCUGUACAAUUAUAUUUUGGAAAUUAACGGCUUAUAAGAGCUGUCGUCUCUAAGUUAUAAUGUAUAAUUUAUUAAUAUACUAAGUAUACAAUUAGAAUUAAUUGUGAAAGCAAAUAAAUGUUUUUAUCGAGA